AUGGUUUUAGGUGGAAUUCUAUCGAGGCUGUUCUCACAAGAUGUCAGUCCAAAUGUCGUUAAAGAAACAAAAGAAGUUAUAAACACCUGCAAUAAAUUAAUAGAGGAUAGAGUAUCCCGAAACUUCGCAAUAGUUCAUCUACUUGGUAAACAGUGGCGUGUGACCGACGGCGAUCUACUUGUCGUCGAAGGCCACUGGCCACCCAAUAUAGGGGAUCAAAUAAGAUUAGACAAAGUUCUUCUAGCAGCUACGAAAGAUUUCUCACUAAUUGGCCGUCCCCUCGUUCAACCCGGCCUGGUCAAUGUGACAGCUACAGUCAUAUCAAAGGGGCUCUCACACACAAAAACACAUUUCAAGAAGAAGAGGAGGAAGCAGUAUAUGAAGAUCCACUUCCAAAGAUUACCUCAAACAAUGUUAAGAAUAAAUAACGUAGAAAUUACUAACAGAAUCAAUGAAGCACCCAAAAAUGUGUACUAG